AGAAAGCGUAGUAGUUCCCCUUUGUGUUAUUUGUACUGAAAGAAAGUCGUACUCGUAGUCUGCAUCCUUCUGACUGUGAGUAGUAUUUAAAUUUAAAAAAAAAUGGAUCCUGCUCUAUUAAGAGAACGGGAGGCAUUUUUGAAGCGUGCCAAAGCUACCCCCCACACAGUUGAUAAAAGAAAGUCCAAAUCUGAUGGCAAUGAUAAAAAAUCCAAAAAGGCUAAAGUGCGUCCAGAGGCAUCAAAGCCUGCCAAUCCACUCAAUUACAAAACCUCAGAAGGAAGUUCACAGUUUAACUUCAGUAUUUUAGCCAAAAUUGUCAAAUAUUUGAAGAUGAGGCAUCAAGGUGGUAUGAAUGAUCCCAUGCUGCUUGAGGAGAUAUUGGAUGAGACGCAUCAAUUGGACAUCCCGAGUAAAAAGAAACACUGGCUUGCUAGUGAGGCACUGCUCAACAAUCCAAAAAUUGUAGUGGUCAAAGAGGACGGUGUCAACAAGUUUUGCUUCAAGCCCAAGUUUGACAUUCACGACAAGCGAGGUCUGGUGAAGUUGUUGAAAAAUUAUGAUCUCCAUGGCAAAGGAGGGAUAAUGAUUGACGACAUUGAAGAGAGUUUGCCCAACUUGCAAAAGGCUAAGGAAUCAUUGUCAGAUUACAUUAUAGUGAUCAAACGGCCACAAGACAAGAAAGAAGUUCUAUUUUACAAUGAUAAAUGUUGCAGAUUCAAAGUAGAUGAAGAAUUUCAAAAGUUAUGGCGCAGUGUUGCAGUGGAGGGUCUUGACGACCAGAAGAUAGAAGAAUAUUUAAGUAAACAAGGCAUUACAACCAUGGAGGCAUCAGGAUACAAGAAAGUGUCGGCGAUGCCCAGAAGAAAAAGAGGCAAACAGAAGCCCCGUUCGUUCAAGAAACACAAUGACCAUCUCGAAGGUGUGCUACAGGAUUAUAGUGAGAACCCUCCAGGGAAAUAACUCCAUUAGUCAUUAGCACAUGAAUCAGUGCUGCACUUCCCGUGGUAUCUUGGUUCCCUUGGGAUUGGUUUCCUAGAGUUUCAAGUGGAUCUAUAUCAAAGACAUGCUUGUUAUUUCAAUAGCACUCUGUAGAGGUCAUCUCUAAAGAACAAAGCGUAUUGAAUUCCUAGGAUUCGAACAUCGUGAUUAUCAGACAAUUUCAUUUACUCAGUGCCUCGUUGCAUUCCAAACAUUUUGUGCACAAUACUUGUUGGUGAAAUGGGUGUUAGGAGGAAAAUAACUUCGAAAUUUAUUGGUGGAAUAAAUGAGAAGGUAACUUAUGACAAAAAAAAAAUAUUGGUGGAAUUCGUGCUACAUUAGAGCUAAAAAAAAACAUUUAUUUUAGUAUAUUUUUAUUUCUGGUACUGAUAAUGCCUCUUUCUCUUAAAUUCAUUUCUUUUAAUCUAGUUAUUUCCUAAAAAUGUGAAUUGUUUGUGCAUAGAAAAGAAAAUAUAUGCAUAGAGAGAGAUAUUUUGUGUAAGGUGACAGAAAACAACAAAUCAGGUCUUCUUUUAUAAAUAUGUACAUAUAUUCACGAGACAGUAUACUUAAGUGAUAUUGUUGAGACAUACUGAAAAUUCAAUGGGUUAAGUUCUCAUCCAAAACUAUUAUUUUAAUUUAGCAUUAUUAUAACGACAGUGGUCAAUUUGUUAUAUAAAUAUAUAUGCUAAGAAAAAAAAAGACAUAUUGCCAACUCUCUUCAUGUAUAUGAAUAGUUUUUCAUGCAGACCCCUAGGAGGUGGUAGUCAACAAUCAGUUGAUAAAGUUGCCAUUCGCCAACACAUUGACUUUAUUGAAUCUCACCCGAGACUUAAGACUUGCAGCAAGUUAUCAAUUCAUCUUAUCUUAUAAAAUACAGGCGUUAUGUCAAAAAUGAGAUGAUUACGUCCUAUGUGUGUCCCUAGGUCAAUCUAUUUUUGUAUGCUUAUCAAUGACUUAAAUUCUCCCAUGUUACUGGUUUUCCUGGCUGACUCAGGCCACCCAUUAAUAGCACUAGGGAAGAACGAACAUUUGGCUAUCAUAGGCUAGCACCUGUCCUGCCAUCGUUAACAUUUUACGCAGUCCAUUUCUUGAUGUAGUUUCUCCAUUCUCCGACUUCUUCUGUUGUCCCUGGCACUCUUUCUUGCAGUUACGCCAUUGGAGUUACUUCACAAUAUGUACCAAACUAUGAUUGCCAUUUUUUUUUCUAUCAAUUAACUCUUACUAGCUUCUUAGCUUUCUGAAUAAAUAUUUCAGUUUGUGUAAAGAGCUAUCCAUCUUAAAAAGUCCAAUAUCUAGUCAACCCGAAAAUUCUACUUGAGUAUUUAAGAAAACAUGGACUUAAAAAUUUGUGUUUGGUGCAUGUUGCUUCCCUCAUCUACUGGUGAUACAGAAGUUGUUGCCCUUGUACUUUGGAGCUGAUCUGUGAGGGGAGGAAGACACUGUAGCUAUUAAUAUAUACUUCCUAGUGUCAGUGUCUCUUAGCCUUUCUUUUUAAUAACCUGUUGGUUCUAAAGGAACGGCCACCUGGUUGUGUGGUAUGUGCUCUGGACUGUCAUUUGGUGGUCCAGAGUUUGAACCCUCCCCACCACAAUCAUCCUCCAUCCUGCAGGAGGCUUGGGCUAGGAUGUAUUCUUAAAAUAUGAAGGAUCAAGUGUUGCAUGAUCUGUUAGGAUGGAUCACUUUGUACUGCAAUCUGCCUUAGGGCUUGACUCCAGAAUCUUUUCCAAUGUUUGUGUGUAUAGCAGCAAGAAGAUGGAAUUUUGGAAUGAGAGUUUUCUUUCUCUUUAGUAAGUAGCCUGCCAAGGCUAGCAAUCCCCUAAACAUUUUCCUAAGUGGCUUCUAAAGAAAGUUUCUGUUUCUUAUAGUCCAAUAUUUGAACAUUUUCAUUCUUUUGAUGUUCUGACCUCUUUUGUUGUUUUUUAAUGCUGUCCCUAAGUGAAAAGGAUUAAAAAGGUUAGUAUCAACCUAACAAAACAAUUCCAUUACCAGCAGUAUUACAGUUUCAGUUUUGUCCUUACACUUAGUGGAAAAGAUCUUCUCUACCAAAGUAUAUAUCAGAAAAAAACAAUCCAUACUCAUUUUUAAUGUCCUAAGACACAUCUUAAAUCUCUACAAGACUUGGGAAAUAUUGGCUGUAAAUGUUGGAGUUUAGUUGAGUGGAAUGAUUGAUUUGGUUUUUACAUGAUUGUCUGACCAAUGGGCUAGCUUAAGAAUAAUUUAUAUAUAUGUUUGCUAGUGAUGAACAGUUAUAAGUGUUACCUUAUAGUUUUUGUCUAUUAAAAAUGUUUGAAUGGCU